GCAGGAGUGGAGCAGCCCGUACGCAAAAGGGAAAGCCGCUUCCUUCCUCUUUCCCUAGCAGAGACGUUAUGCAAAGGGGAGCCUGUUUUGCUGCGGUGCGUCAGCAGGCCCCUUUCACAGCAUCCAGGAUGCCGGGGAGGGCAGCGCUGCUUGUGCUGGCCCUUGGCCUAGCUGGUGAGUCCUGCUCGUCUCUGAUUAUUCCUGCCCCAACCCCUAAUGUCCAGCAACUGCACAAAAGUCCACGCUGACCCUUGACCCUCCAUGGAGCACAAUGUUUAGGGGGGAGAGCGUUACUCUGAUGUGCAGCACAUCCCACCGUCCUGGACAGAGAUUCACAUGGUAUCGCAACGAAGAGUUACUCAGACGCCCAAUAAAAAACAGCUACAGAAUUGAAAAGACACAGAUGCGUGAUACAGGUAGAUACCAGUGCCAGGCUUCUGGCUCCAGGCGAAGUGACCCCGUUCAGCUGACCAUUUCUAAUGAUUGGCUAAUUCUCCAGGCCCCGUACUAUGCCGUGUUCGAAGGGGACCCGCUGCGUCUGAGGUGCUACGGAUGGAAUGGAGCAAAGGUGUCUUGGAUAAGAUAUUACAAAGAUGAAGCAGAGAUUACACCAUCCCGUGUGAACUCAGAGCUGUCCAUCAAACAAGCAAGGACACGUGACAGUGGCAAAUAUCACUGCACAGGAUCAAUGAUCUUCAGACCUAAUGAAAUUUCUCCUAGCGAGUCUAUUUCUGUCCAAGAGUUGUUUUCGACUCCGGUGCUGAGGGCAGCAGGCUCGGGUGACCCCAUAGAAGGAAGCCCAGUGACCCUGAGUUGUGUCACACAGCUCAACCCCCAGAAAUCGGACACACUGCUUCAGAGAUUCUUCUAUAUAGACAACAGGGCCUUGGGAGAACCUAGGAGCUCCCCUGACUACCACAUUCCAGUGGCAGGGCUACAAGACUCAGGAUCUUACUAUUGCUAUGUGCAGACGGUGACCUCAAGUGUUCGGAAACGGAGUCCCGAGUUAAAGAUUGCUGUUAAACGAAUCCCGGUGUCCCAAGUCUCCCUGGAGGUCCAGCCCCUCGGGGGGCAGGUGACGGAAGGGGAGUGGCUGAUGCUGAACUGCUCUGUGUCUAUGGGCACGGGGCCAAUCACCUUCUCCUGGCACCGGGAGGGCUCCAGACAGGCUCUGAGAACAGAGACUCAGAGCUCUCAGAGGAUGGUCUAUGAGAUGCCUGCAGCCACGGAGACCGACACAGGGGAGUAUUACUGCAUGGCCUCCAAUGGCAACGUCCCAGCACCGAGCCCAAGGGUGAAAGUUGCCGUGAAGGUUCCAGUGUCCCCGCCUCAGCUGACCGUCAGCACAGCCGGCGCCUGGGCCGCCAUCGGGGACGUGGUGGAGAUCCGGUGCGAGUCGCCCCGCGGCUCAUCCCCCAUCCUCUAUCGGUUUCAUCACGAGGGAGCCGCUCUGGGGAGCAGGACGGUCAGUUCCCGAGGGCCAGGAUCCCUUGCUCUGAAUGUGACAUCUGAGCGGGAUUCUGGGACCUACUCCUGUGAGGCUGAUAAUGGCAUGGCCAGCGGCCCCCAGCACAGCGAUCCCUUCCACCUCUCCGUGCUUGUGCCUGUGUCCGGGGCCACCAUCGCCGCAGAUCGCAUGGGGCCAGAGGUCAUGGCUGGAGAAAGCCUGAAUCUCAGCUGCUCGGUGGAGUCCGGCACCACCCCCUUGUUCAAGUGGCUUCACAACGCCCAGGAGCUGGCUGCAGCCUCGGGGCUCGACCCACCCACGGCUGUGGGGAAUACACUGCAUUUCGGGUCUGUGCAGCUGGGCCAUGGAGGGAAUUACCAGUGCAUUGCCAGCAACCAGCUCAGCCCUCAAAGAGUCUUCCAGGCCCCCAGCGAGAUCCUGGCCAUCACCGUGAUAGAGCACGCGAGCCCCCUGGUGGUUGUGCCUGUGACUGUCUCCAUCCUGUUCUUGUUCCUGAUGGGUGUCACUGCGGCUCUGGUGUUCUACUUCAAGUGCUGGAAGAAAACAGAAGGAAUGGUUUUCAAUGCCCCGGGGAGGCACACACAGCUCCCAGCCCAGCACGAACCCCCUGGCCAGAGGCUGCCUCCACCAGGGAGCUUGGGCCUCCAUGCUGAGGAGCCAUCUUACGGCAAUGUGUGUCCCCUGGAGCCGGAGAGUGGAGACGUGGAGUAUACGGUUGUCAACAUCAAGAAAAGAAGUGGGGAUAAACCCAAGGGAACUCCACCAAGGGACAACGGCAUGGAAUGCAGCACAUGCAGGCUGGGGCCAUGGGGGACUUGUCCCUGGCUGGUGCCCUCUGCAUUGGGACUGACAAGCCGGAGCAGAGAUGGAGGCAAAUGCUCUGGGUCUGCACAGCUGCUGCUGCCUAGUGAGGCGUCGUGAGCAGAUGAUUUGCUGAAGGGGCCCAGGCAGCAGCCCAGAUCUCUGUUAAUCCCUGUGAUGGGUCUGUGCCUCUCCAUCCCAGGGAGUUGCCGGCUUGGCUGUUGUGCAUGGAGGAUCUGGCCCAAUGGGACUUGUGACAACUGGGCUAAUUCGCCUUGCCACCAAUAAAGGUUGGAUUUGCUA